AUGAUGUUGGACACUCUGCCUUUACUGGCUUUCGCCAUUGCGAUAUGUUAUUCAGAGGAGACCGAAAAGCGUUGUGGUACAAGCCGCAUGAGCUACAUCCUUGACGUCGACACGGGUGUUGAUGAUGCCAUGGCACUGAUGGCAAUGUUGAGUCACAACAAGCACGUCGAAGCGAUUACGGUUGUCGCCGGUAACACUGAUUUGGAAAAUGCGUAUAAUAAUACAAUGAGAGUGCUCCAGGAAAUCAACAAGACGGAGAUCCCGGUUUACAAGGGAGCCGACAGACCAAUCCUCGGAAUCUGGGAACCCGAAGCAGCAUACUUCGGAUCCGACAACUUUGGAAAUGUGGCGCAGAACUACACUAUUGGAAAUAACUCUGCUAAUGAUACCACCUUCGCACCCUUAAGAAUCAUGGAUUUGAUUAGGUCAAGCUGCAACAAUAUAACGCUUAUUCUGCUUGGACCUUUGACGAACCUUGCCAUUGCUCUCUUGGUUGACCCGCACAUAACGAGAGGCGUGAGCGAAAUCUUUCUCUUAGGAGGCAAUAUUGAAGGUCGUGGGAACAUUAGGCCUGGAUCCGAGUUCAACUUUCUGGUGGACCCAGAAGCUGCUGAAGUGGUCCUCCAGCGAGUGGAAUGCAAUGUCACCAUCGUGCCCUGGGAGGCGGUCCUCAAGUCUACCUUGCCAUGGAACAUAUUCAACGCUACAAUUGAAGGGACGGGCCGGAAAGCCGCGUUCCUGAAGGCCCUGACCAAUCACACCAUCACCGUCUUUCUCGGAAACGGAAGAAGCCCUGGUUUCAACCUUGGAGAUUUCCUCGCUGUCCUUGCCGCGCUGGAUCCAGGCUCGGUGGCGAGCAAAGGCGCACACCGCGUGGCUGUGGAGUUAACCGGCACCCACACCAAAGGAAUGCUUGUGCAAGGAUGGGCGCCCUACAUGAUUUCCUACGUGAAUCGAAGUGUCGACAUUGUGAACUGGUUUAACGUAACACACAUUGAAGCAGGGUUCAACAAAACAUUUGACACGGAUAAUGAUGAUAAUGAAUCGGAACAAGCGUCCACAACCACAGCUAAGAAUGAAUAGCACAGAAAUUGCACUGACUUUAAGGAUUAUA